GUCCGGCUGCGAACGGUGCUCGUUGUCGAGCUCCGCAAGGUCACCACGUGAGGGCUGGUGCCCGCUCGGUGCUCGAGAGUGGCGAUGAUGGUCGUUGCGGUGGUUUCCCCUCUCUUCAUGGGAAGGCAGUUGACCCUGGCCGCCUCGGGUUUACCCUCUGGGCUGCGGCUCUCGGUGCGGGGCCUGAAGGGUCAGAAUGUAAGACCCAGACUCCACAGCCCGGUAAAAUCCUGCCCUCCUCUGGAAGCUAAAACCGCCGGGAUGGUCAAGAACCGGGAGCAGGUUUCGACUUCAGUUCGAAAGUUCAUCGGCUACCCCACGCUAGCGGGCAAAGUGGCCACCCAGCUGAUGAGUGGGCGAAAUGUUGAGGAGUCCAGAACCUUCUUCCUGGAAUUCGAGGCAGGUCCUGGAGUCUUGACUCGAAGCCUCCUUAAUGCUGGAGCCCACGUUAUAGCUCUAGAGAGUAAUAAAUCCUUUCUUCCUAAGUUAAAGUCUCUAAAGAAAGAAUUUGAAAGCCAGUUGGAAGUGGUGUGCUGUAACUUCAUAAAAUUGGAUGCUAAUCCAUACGGAUUGUUAAAGGAGUCUGAAUUAUGUUCUGAAACACUUUUUAAGAACCUGGGAAUCUUUGAAGUUCCUUGGACAGCAGAUAUUCCUCUAAAAGUGGUUGGAAUUGUCCCAAGAAAAGAAGAACGGGUCUUCGUUUGGAGACUUAUUUAUUUUUUAUAUGAAUGCAGCUCUAUAUAUAAUUAUGGAAGAAUAGAAUUGAACUUGUUUGUCAGUGAAAGAAUGUACAAGGUUUUUGUUGCAAAACCUCCAGAUAAAAGAACUUAUCAAUCAUUAAGUGUACUUUGGCAAACAGCUUGUGAUAUUCAACUUCUGCACAAGGAGCCCUGCUCUUCAUUUUUAACUAAGUCAAAGAACAGCUGCUCUAUACCAAAUAGUGCGAAUGAAUAUUUAUAUUUAGUACGACUGACACCACGCAAAGAUUUAUUUACAGACUUCUUGACAAUCAGUAAUUCAAGAAUAUUUGUUAUGAUGGUAAAGCAGUGUUUUGCUAAAUCCACAAGUAGGCUACUCAACAAAUUGAAUUUAUGGACUUACGAGAAUGCAAAGAACCUGUUGAGAGAGUUAGAGAUUCCAGAAAAUACUACAGCUGGUGGUUUAUAUCCAGAAGUGUACAAAUCUCUUUUUGAACUUAUGGAACAGUCUAAUCGAAUUGAUCAAAGUUUAUUCUAUGAUGUUGAUUUAUUGGCAGAUGAUAGCAUAAUUUUUUAAAGUGAAAUAUAUUUAAUUUAAACUGUCUUUUUGUAAAUUGAAAUAUGAUACAGAGGACCACGCCUUGAAAUCUUACAAAGAAAAUAAUCCCUGUGUAUAUGAAGAUGGCAGUUCUAGAAAAUUCAAGCUAUUCAAGCAAGGAUAAAAUGAUGGAUCCUGUGUGAUCAACUCUGACGUGCAAAGACAAAUCCAAAAUAUUGUAGCAAAUUAACUUUAUUCUUAGACCUUGUAAGGCAGGCUCUGUUUGGAAAACAGGUCAAAUGUGAUGUGCUUUGUUUGUCUCAGAAAAA